UAGUGGCUAUUUUUUUGUACACCAAGGUGACAGUUCCAACUCGGAGUGCAUUCAAGCGUGUCAUAGAAAAAAGAUCUGCAAAUAUGAACGGUCUGAUUAAUGGUUGCCAAUGUUAAUAAAAUGCUAAUUUAGCUAUUGAAACAUUAAGUCUAACUUCUGACUUACGAUGCCUGGAUGUUUCAUUUAUAUUUGGCUGUGUUUCUUUACUGUGUUUGUGAGAGAAACUGAAGUCAAAGAAGUGCAGAUGGGUUUAUACAGUCGUGUUGAGCUGACUGGAGAGGAACUUGAUCAACAAACUGUUGAUUCUCUGCGCUCGGUGGAAUGGACCAAACGAAUUGGAUCAGUAACAUGUCUAUGUUUUAAGAAAAACACCACAUUCAGUGCUGAAUACAGUCAAUGCUGUGGAAGAGCUCAUUUCUAUUUAAACAAUAACAGCCUCAUUCUGGAGAACGUGACGGCAAAGGAUGAAGGAGUUUACACUGAAACAAUAAUUAGAGGAAAAGGCACUACAAAAUCUCAAAACUUCACAUUAUUAAUUCAGUACCCUCCAAGUGUAACAGAAAUUGUGGUCUCCUGGACCUCCAACACAUCUGUGACUCUCAAAUGUGAAGUGAGCGGCGUCUUUCUGCAUCUGAUGUGGAAGAGAGAAGGAUUGCCUGUUCUAGAGAAACACAGACACUCAUUCAGUGAGAGGAACCAGACUCUACACAUCAGCAACAUAACCAGCUCUGAUUAUGAGACAUACAGCUGUAUUGCUUCAAAUGAAUAUGGAGAAUCAGAACAACACACAUAUAUUACAGGUGAGAACUCAACUGUUAACCGAGGAAAUAGCGCUGCUGGUAAAACUCAGACUGAUCAGAUCGUGCUUUCAAGUGGACUUGCACUCGCAGGAGUUUUAGGACUGUGCAUCAUGUUCUUCUGCCUUUACAAAAACCAUCAGAGGCAAAGAGCUGAAAAUGGCAGAACUACAAAUGAAGGGGGUGCAGACAAUGACCUUGUUAUUUAUCAGGACGUACCUGCCACUGAAGAGGUGACUCCUUUACCGUACGUCUACACAGACUUCAUUAAGCCGAAAGAGAGCGGUCAGGCCUCAGCUGCAGCGCAACACUUUGAGGACUUUGGUUACUCUGAGGUCGGACCCACAUGCAGGGGAGAAACAGUCGUUCUAGAUGAAUGUGUGUCUAGUGAACAGUCCACAGCGUGUCCUGAUGCUGAAGAGGAAUAACAACUGAUAUAAGAGACUACCAAACAUGCUGAAAUGAAAACAGCGAAUACACACACUUUCAUGUUCAUGAAUCUGGUGCAGUCAAACAAAUGCAACAAGUUUAUAAGCAGCGGGUGAAGAAAAACGUUAGGUCCUGAUCAACCACUAGAGGGAAGCAAAAACAGCUGAAAACAAACUUUCAGUAAAAGGUGCAAAGCUGUCACUGGAGUGGCUUCCAUUUACAGAAGUUAAAAGGUACAACAAUGUAGCUUACCUUAUUUACACCUAAAUGGUGCGUAAUAAUAGAUUACAUGUACAUGAUAGUAUUCGAAAAGUACAUAUUAGUACCUAAAGUGUACAUAUUAAUAACUUUUUAUUGGGCAUCGCAUCUAACAGGUUUUUGUUUUACCUUUCUUUUUUCCCCGAGACUGAAGCAGCUCUACCAGUUUUAACCAUGAUGGUUCUAAAUUAUUACAAAGACACAGCAACAACAUUGUUAAUGGACAAAUCAUCUUAAAAAUAGUUUCAUGAUUACAGUUACAUUCAGUAGGCUAAGCAUCAUUCUGAAAUAUAGCAGUGUUUCCUCUCUUGCGCUUGGCACUGGAUCAUGCACAGCAUGAACACCAUUAUACAGACUUGAUAAGUACAUA